GCCUGCGAUUCAAUCGAAUGUCAACGGCGUGGAGACAUGCGCGAUGGAGACCCAGGACAUUGUCAAGGGUAUCGCAGUUGUCAGCAACGAAGGGAUAUCGGCCGGAGCAAACACUACAGACUGUGCAGUGGUCCUUGCGGCAAUUUGUGAGCAGACUGCAGACAUGAUGAUGGAUGGUGAGGCCAGUGGGAAUGAUGCAGGGUGUGUUGUUGCAGACGAGAAUGUGGUCAGGACGUCGGCAGGAACUCUCUUCCCCUAUGACAUCAAUUGGGUGCCUGGUCGUCUUCAACCGGGUAUCGUUGGAGGAGCGUCGUGCUUCGCGUUCAAAGUCAAUGGGGAAUGGGUUCCAUAUCCCGCCCCCAAAGCGACGUCGUGGAGGGGCGUGACUCUGUCAAUCAUCUUCGACAGAGUGCUGAGGUUGAACGAUGAGGUGAGCGCUGACGACAAAUCGCGGCAUGUGUUGAAACUGUGGCAUGUUCUAGACGCGAAGGGCGAGUUGAGGCUCAAUGAUUUUGAAUACGACAGUGUUGACUGCGGAGAGUCAUGGGUGAUUGGCGGGUUGGACACUGCAGCGAGUUCGGUUUGCCCACAGACUGAUGCCAGGAGGGAUCCACGGUGGGGUUGGGUGCCACAUGACGCCCCGCUUCUUUGUGGCCGUGUGAAGGUGCCGAUGCGUGAUGCCAUGGGGAACGUAUGGACCACGUGUUAUAUAAACGGCAGCUUCUCAUCUAGGCACCUGAAGAGGGAGGUGACUGAAGAGGAGAAGAUGGCGAUGGCUUGUCCCACCCCUGCUGCUCGUUGUUUUUCGCCGCCUCUUCGGAACCCUGUGGAGCUCGAGGUGGCAGAGGGGAAACCGGCAACAGUUGAUGGCAAGGUGACCAUGGCAGCGAAACUGCAGACAGGCCAUUGGCUACCCUUGGGGUGGAUGCAUGCAGGCAUGGUGGAGCAGUGGCAGUUCCUGGUGGUAGUGGCACGUGUCUCCAUUUUCAAUGCAGAUGUGAAGGACCACGUGCUGGUUGUGGAACAUGCAAAGCGAUGCUGGGAGAAGAUAAGGGAGGAGGACCGUCAGAUGGCGUGCAUGGGUUACGACUCCAUGCCAGACCAGGGGAUGUGGUCCAUGGUUGAGGGGAGUCCAGGUGGGCAAGGGCAGGGCGAUGGCGAGAACAGAGACGAUGCAGAGCACAGAGAUGAUGCAGAGGAGGAGGAUGAGGAAGAGUACGAGGGGUGUGACGUGGAGGUGAGCGGCAGCGACGUCAGCAGCGACGAAGAGGACGACGACAAUGAUGUGUACUACGAUCUCAAGACGGCCUGUGGACAAGUAACCAAAGGUUGGGCACAUGCAAUCCUCAAGUUGGCACGAGUAUUUCCCGAUCCGCACAACGUGCUGCGUGUGGUGUUCAAGGGGGCGACACCUGAUGGUGCAAUGCAGUAUGCUGCAGUGACCAGCAUAAUGCAAUCCUGCAACAAGGGGAAAAAAUGGUCACGUGUCGGCAAGGGAUGGUUUGUUCUGGACUACCCAGAGCGAUGUGCGCUGACGAAUGUGAAGUUUGGUGUAUGCCCUACAUGCAAUGUGUUGAAAACGGACCUCGAUGUCGUGGCCGAUUUCAUGGACAACAGGAGAUCCCAGACGCUGGAAACUCAACUCGCAGCAGCUGUGUUCACGGCGGACGAUGAUGACGUGCGCCGUGCGGCGGAAGGGCGAAUGGCGAAGGUGGACAUGCAUAGGCAUGUUGAACAGAACGGCCUUUGGGGGUUCUACAGGGGGCCGAGUGGCGAUGAUCCUCAGCUAGACUACCACCUUGCAUUGCAACCAGACCGUAGACACACGAUCGAACACGGCAUAUUCCUGCACAUGAUCGACGCAUUCAGGGCGGCAGCCUUUGAGAAGUUGCCGAACACACCGCAAACAGAGAUCCUGAACGAACUCGAUGCGAGAUUGCAAUGCGUUAUGGAGACAAUCGAUAUUAGAGGGUCUGACGACAGGCACAGCGGACCCCAAGUGGAAGAAGAGGAGGAACACGACCGUUCCGCACCAGAGAAGUCAGAUGGUGCGGAGGACAAGGAACCAGGAAACGAGGGAGACGACAACGAUUCUUCCCGCAGACAAUCGCAAGACACCGAUGAGGACGACGACAGCGACGGCAAGUCGGCCAGCGAGAGAACCGGCGAAGACCAGAGCGCCGCUUCGAAAAGAGGUGGUUCGCCAUUUCCUUCGAGGACGCUGCGCAGAGAAGGAGAACGGCAGACACGCAAUGGCAGCGACACCGAGGAGCGUGUCGGUGACAGACAAAUCGUACAGCACAUCAGCGCCGCCGAAAAAGUGCGCGCAAGCGGCGGAGCCGUGCAAGGACCGAAGGACGAGGGCGCCACAUUCGCGAAGAAAAUAAAGGGCAAGCUGUUGCGUUCCGUCGCCGAAGCCUUUGCGUUCUCUGCGGCAAACGAGGCAACUCUGUACCCGACAGAGGACCCGUUUUUCACGGCGGUGCAAGUGACGGCGAAACUGGCAGGGGAAACAGCAGAGGAAGGGCUGCGGUCUCACAUAGCAGAGUGCGGGAUUCGAGCUGUCAUAGGGGAAUGCAACAGAAUGAUGACGACGAUCCGCGGAGAGAUUACAUGGCAGCUGAAACAUUGGUUUUGGGCUGAAAAAGGGAUUCCGCUCGUCGGAUCGCAGCAAACGGACCACCACCUCCCCGCUCGCAACAAGAUGCGCACCGAGAUGAAGGAGAACAAGACGUGGAGACGGAGCGGCGACGAUCCGUGGGGCGCUCCCGCCUUCAAGACGGCACUCUUAAAAGUUUUUCAGAUGAGGAAGGAAGGCCGGAACCUGGGCGUCACCCUGCAGCAACUGGUUUUUGCGGAGAUGGUCAUUCAAUGUGAGAUAGAACAGACAACGAAGACGACACGAGCUGCGGAGCAGAUAGAAAAAUUGGUAUCUAUAAAGCAGGCAAUCGUCUCAUCUCUCCGUAGCCGAGACACGGUAAUGAGUUUUUUCGUCUUCAAACUGGACCGUUCCGUAUCCGUGGCUGAGAAGGCAGCAACGCUCUUUCGCUCUGGCACGCCAUCUGUCCAAAGGCCUGGGCCUCCAAGCACCACAAUAACGGAUGACGAUUACGACAUCGAGUUUAUUCUCCCUCAGAGUACAGCAUCCGGAGACGGGGAUAGGCGCACCGACAGUCUGUGCGCCGCACCCUGAACAACGAGGGACAGUUUGGCGACAUUUCGAAAUGGAAGGGAAAAUGCGGGGCAAUGACCAAACG